AUGUUAUUUUUACUAAUUAUUUCAUUAUUACUUAUACAUAUUCCGAUAAUUGAAGUAACAACCUUAGCACCAAAUCAUGUUGCUAUUAAUCCGAAACGGAAACAUAUUGAUGUUGAUACAUCAUGGCUUGAACCGGAAAAGAAUAAUGUACAAAAGGUAUCAUUAGAUGGUAGUAAUUCGGAAAAGGUAAUCGUUGAUUUAAUAAAUUCCGGUAAACAAUUAAGUGCAUCAGCACAGGGUAAUAUGGCAGUAGCAGAAAGUGAUGGAAAACGAGCGCAAGUACAACGAUUUGGUGACAAAGGUGGUAUUGCACAGGUUGAAGGACAUAAAGGUCAAAUAAAAACUAAGGAAGAUAGCGAAGGUCGUCAUGCAUUUUUAAAAGCUGAUGGAAAAUAUACAUUAGAUACGGUUGCCCGAGGUUCCCUGAAAGAUCCAAAGGAUACUGAUUUUGCAGCUACCAAUGAACGAUUUGACUUUGCUCUUAAUCCACAAAGUCAAAAUGAACAUGAAGGUACCGGUACACUUUCAUAUACGGAUAAGGUACAUAUUUUUUUAUUUAAUCCAAAUUUGAUCUUAUCAAAAUUCAAUUUUAACAUUAAUGAUAAAAGUUGCUAA